AUGAGUAAUAAUAUAAAUUAUAAUAUAUAUAAUAAUAAUAAUAAUAAUAAUAAUAUUGAUAUACUGCCACCACUACCACCAACAGAAACAUUAUUACCACCAUAUCCACACCCACUUUCACCUCCUCCACCAACACCACCAUCAACAGAAACAUUAUUACCACCAUAUCCACACACACAUUCACUUUCAUCUCCACCACCUCCACCUCCACCACCACCACCACCACCACCACCAAGACAUAGUUAUAUAAAUUAUCAUGGAUCAUUUUCAAGGGGAGGUGCAUUUAAAACCAAAGGAUUUGUUGAUCCUUCAUUUUAUAGUAGUAGUGUUUUAGUACCAAUUAAUAGGAAUAGUCAAUUCUCAUUACAUAUUACAUCAACUGAAACAGUUGUACAAAGAAAGAAAUCAUAUACAGUAUAUGUAAUUAGAGUUAAAAGUGAUCAACAUCAAUGGGAAGUCGUUAGAAGAUAUAAACAUUUUAGAGUAUUUUCAAUUCAAAUUAAUAAUGAGGUUUUUAAUUCAAAUUCAUCCUCAUCAACACCUUCUUCCACUUGUCCACCUUCUUCAUCAACAUCUUCACUUGGUAGUAGUAAUAAUAAUAUUAAUAAUACUAAUACUACCAAUAAUAAUCCCAAUAAUAAUAAUGCGAAUAUAUUAUCAUCAUCAUCAUCAUCAUCAUCAUCAUCAUCAUCAUCAUCAUCAUCAUCAUCAUCAUCAUCAUUAAAUUUAUCAACACAAUUAUCAUUAACAAAUUCAAUACAAUCAUUUGAAUUUCCAUCAAAGAAAUUAAUUGGUAAUAUGAAUCCAAACUUUAUAAAGAAUCGUAAAGAACAAUUGGAAAAGUUUUUACAAUUGAUAGCAUCAUCACAAGUUGCAAAGUUGUCUAGGAAUUUAAAGGUAUUCUUAGACCCAAACUUUUCACCAUCAUUACGUACACUCGUUAACCCAUCUAAAGAAGGUUUCUUAUACUUGUUAAAACCACAGAGUAAAUAUAGUUCAUUAUUAAAUUCAAAGAAACAAUGGAUUAAAGUUUAUUGUAUUGCAACCAAUUCGAAUUUAUUCUAUUGGAAAAAUAGAGAACAACCAUAUGCUGAAGCUAGAGGUGUAAUUCAACUAUGUCAUUGUUCAACUAGAAUUAUGACAAAACAAGAUAAAAAAUGUAUACAAUUAAAUGAAAAUAGUAAUAAUACUUCAAACAGUGGUGAUAAUUCAAAAUAUUUAUUAACAAAUUCAAAAGGUCAUAAAUCAUUUAGUCAUAAAAUUAAUCCAAAUGAUAUUUAUAAUAAUAUAAAUAAUGUAAAUAAUAACAAUAAUAGCGCAAAUAAUAAUAAUAAUAAUAAUAAUAAUAAUAAUAAUGUUGAUAGUAAUGAAGUAUAUUAUUUAUCAGCAGAUUCUGAUGUAAUUUUAGAACAAUGGGUUGAAACUAUUGAAAAAGAAACUUUUAGAUACCAAAAAGAUAUACAACAACAACAAUCAGUAUUAAAUAAUAAUACUCCACCACAAGCAUUACAAGAACAAUAUCAACAACAAAAAUAUGAUUCUAGUAUUUUAAAUAUUGAAAAUGAUUAUAUAAAUGCUAAUAAUAAUAAUAAUAAUAAUAAUAAUAAUAAUAAUAAUAAUAAUAAUAAUAAUAAUAAUAAUAAUAAUAAUAAUAAUAAUGCUAAUAAAUUAAAUGUUAGAAAAUCAAUUAAAAAACUAUAUAAAGAUGAUGAUAUAAUUGAAGAGAUUGAAGAAGAAUUUAAAAAUAAUGAUAGUGAAACAAGUAAAGAAUAUAAAUUAUUAGAAUCUGUACUUACAAAUUCAAAAUGUAAAGAUUUAUUAAUUGAUCCAAAUUAUGUAAAUGAUGAUUCUUUUUCUUCCUCUUCAACUUGUUCAACUCCUUCUGCUUCAAUUUUAAAUUUAACAAAAUCUUUAAAUUUAAAUACAAAUUUACCAACUACUAGACCAAAUACAAAUACUACUACUACUACUACUACUGCAACUAGUACGACUACAACGAAUAAAAAGAAAAUUAAUAAUGAUGAAAUUAGUUCAAUUGAAUUAUUACAUUCUGAAGAGAUGACAUAUUUUGCAGAAAGGAUUAUACAUAUGCAUCAAAAUACUGGUACUAUUGGUAGUAUAACCAUUACAAAUUAUAGAUUUUAUUUUUCAGCGACGGUUGGUGAUAAGAUUAUAUCAAUACCAUUGACAACCAUUUCAAAGAUAUUUAAAUGUGUUGGUUUCACAUUGGAUAAAGUUAAAUAUUAUGCAUUUGAAUUGACUUGUAAAGAUUUCAAUCGAGCUCGAUUCAUGCAUUUACCAGGCUCAUCACAACAAAAGGCGAAUUCAAGAUUGUUUGAGAUAUUGGAAUCACUGAUUUUCAAACAGAAACAACAGUAUCAUCAAUUGUUUUGUUUCAAGAAUGAGGAGAUAUUGGGCGGUUACGAUGGUUGGAACAUUUAUCAAGCGUUGAAAGAAUUUGCAAGACAGUCUAUCCCUAACGAGGAUUGGAGGGUGUCGCAUUACAAUAACGAUUACCAAUUCUCGCCAACCUAUCCAAACCUAUUGAUUGUGCCAAAGAGAAUCACUGAUCAGGAAUUAAUAAAUACCACUUCGUUUAGAUCAAAAGGUAGAAUACCAACAUUGGUUUGGAAAAGUCCAAAUUCAAAUUCUGUAAUAACAAGAUGUAGUCAACCUGUAAUUGGUGUAACAAAGAAACGUUCCCUAGAUGAUGAAAAAUUAAUCGAGUCAAUACUUUUAGCGAAUCCACAAUCUGAAAAAGUUUACAUUAUGGAUGCUAGACCUCAACUAAAUGCCGUUGCAAAUCAAAUGAUGGGUUUAGGUUAUGAAGAUACAAAUAAUCAAUCUUAUAAUAAUUGUAUUUUAAAAUUUUUAAAUAUUGAAAAUAUUCAUAAAAUGAGACAUUCACAAAAGAAAUUAUUUAAAUCAAUUAUGUCUGAUUCUGUAAUUUAUGGUGAAAAUAAUAAUAAUAAUAUUAAUAAUAAUAAUAGUAAUAAUGGUAGUGGUGGUAAUGGUAAUAAUAAUAAUUUAAAUUCAAUUAAUAUUUUAAAUUUAGAAGAAUCAACUAGAGAUUGGUUAGAACAUAUAAAGUCAAUUUUAAUUGGUACAUUAGAUAUUGUUGAUAUUAUUCAAUUUUAUAAAUCAUCAGUUGUAGUUCAUUGUAGUGAUGGUUGGGAUAGAACAAGUCAAUUAUGUUCAUUGGCUCAACUAUUAUUGGAUCCUUAUUAUAGAACAGUGAUUGGAUUUCAAGUUUUAAUUGAAAAGGAAUGGUGUUCAUUUGGUCAUAAAUUUGAAUCUAGAAUUGGUCAUACUGGUAAAAAUGAAAAAAAGAGUGACGAAUUGUCACCGAUAUUUUUACAAUUUAUCGAUUGUGUUUGGCAAAUUAUGCAACAGAAUCCAACGAGUUUUCAAUUCAAUUCAAAGUAUUUAUUAGAGAUUAUUCAUCAUUUAUAUAGUUGUCGUUUUGGUACUUUUCUAUUCGAUUGCCAAGAAAAACGUGUCUCUGCUAAUCUUAUGUCAAAAACUACAAGUAUUUGGUCCUAUAUCAAUCAAAAUCAUUCUCCAUAUUUCAAUAAAAAUUAUAUUUAUAAUUCAAAUGAACCACCAAUAAGAAUUGAUACCUCUGAACUAUCUUUAUGGUCUGAAUAUUAUUUACAUUGGAGAAAUUUUUAUUUAUCGAAUUAA